AUGUCAAAUACGAAAGGGGAGGAGCCAUUUAUACGACCAUUGAUUAAAGUUGAAACAGAAGAGCCUGUUAAUAGAGAUAGGGACUCUAGCGAUGUAGCGAUAAGCCAGAGAACAACUACACCAGUUACAAGUAUUCCUCGUAGAAGUGUUGACUCAAUUGCAUCUCUAGGAUCUGUUGCAACAACGACAACUGCUGCCGGAAACCACAGAUUUACAUUCUCAAUGGAUUCGAAAUCAGGUUCCCAAAAUUAUUCGCCCCUGGGAAACAAUUCAAUAUACGAAGUUAUCAUGAAUACCAGAUAUAAACAUUGGCUACAGACACCUACUAAUAUUGAUAUUACACCUGUUAUAUUAAGUAAAAAUGAAUUGGCAGAAAACUGGAACGACUCUGUUACAAGCUAUGUUAACUCCAUACAGGAUGAUGCCGAAACAUUUGUUAAUCGGUCUGAUAUUCGAAACAUAAACCGUAUUGAGGAAAUGAAAUUAUAUCAAGUUACAGACGAUUCUGAUCAAGAUGGGUCUAAGAGGAAAUAUGCUGAUGAAGAAUUAAGCAUAAUAAACGAAGAAAAUGACGCUAUUAGUCAAGUGCCAAGUUUUUAUUUCGACAAGUCUUUCUCUUUAGAUAACGAACGUAUUUUUAGGAAGGUAAUAGAAGGUAUCGACCUGAGACUGAAUAAACUGAGUGAAAUAAAGAGUACCAACCAACAGGACUCAGAGGCUAGCAAAAUUCAACAAGAGGCACCAUACACAGAACUGAAAGAUAAACUAAGUGAUUAUUUAGAUAUUGUGGAGACAUCUUUGGUAAGUGAAUUAUCCAAAGCAUCACCUCAAUUUUUCUACGCAUUGAGCGAGGUUGAUCAUAUACAACAAAAAGUGUCUGAUACAGUUUCUGACUUAGAUAAACUCAAUAUUACCUUAAAGGAUGACAAAAGAAAAGACAUAAGUGAGAAAAUAAAACAUCUGAAAACAAUCUUCAAAAGGAAGAAUAUCGAAAAAUUAGAACAAGGUCUACUUCAGGUUAAGCUUGUCCUAGAGAAGGUUGAAGUGUGCAAAUCAUAUUAUAAUAAGGAUGAGUACGAUGAUAGUUUAGGAAUGAUCAAAUCAAUAGAUUCUUUGAUCAGAGGAAACAAUGACAACGAUGAAAAUGUUGCUGAAUGGACUAAACAUUGGCCAUACCAACUGGUUGAUUUAAAAUCUGUACCGGCCUUAAUUGAAACCAGGGAGUUUCUGACUAACAUGAAAAUUGAAGUUGGUGGAAAAUUGGCUAUUCAACUCUCUGACAUCUUGCUAGGCGAUGUACGGUCUCAUUAUGAAACUAUCGAUGUAGGAAAAACAUUAGAAAGAUUACAAAAUGGGUUCGAUACAAAAACAAACUAUACAGAAUUGAAUCCCGAAUUACAAGAAUCGAUUAAAGAAAUUAUUGCAAAACUUUACAAAUGUGAGGAAUUGGCAAGUGGUUUUAACCUAUAUCAAAACAAGAGUCUAACAGAGUGUAAAAAUAUAAUUAAAGAAUAUCUCCCUUCUGGUCGUAACGCAACAGACUCAAUGCCCGUAUCAACUGCACCUUCUUCUGCAUCACUGACUGGGAACCAGAAGGACAGUUCCCCAAUUGGUGAUACUUCAUUAACUGAUAUUAAGCAAUCAACUACUGGAGGGAAUGCACCAAAACUUUCGACAUUAAUUAGAGAACAAAUGCCAAUGGAGUUCCAAAAUAUGAUAGUUGAAAUAUUUACACGAUGUAGUGAAGCAAUUAGAGUAUUAUUCCAACAUCAAAAGAUUUUACUCGAUGUUGCAUUGAAUGUUAUCGAUGCUGAUGGGGGUGAAAAUAGAGCCUCUGAGAAUCAACAUAAUAUGAUUACACAACUAGAUAUACGAGCAGGAAUAAAUGAGAUUAUUGGUGUUAUUCAACUAAGAAUGGGUAAAAUAUUAGCUGUCAGGAAAGAAAUAACAUCUACUCUACGUUAUGAUCACUUUUUACAACUGUAUGCCAUAACGGUUUUAUUCAUUCAAGAAUGUGAAGCUCAAAGUGGUGAAUUUUUAACCAAAUAUUUGAGUGAUUCGCUGGCGUCUCAAAUAAAACAUUGCAUUUCUUGUAGGGAUACAAAAAAUACCAGAACAAUUCAAAAGAAAAUCGAAUUAGAGAACUGGCAACCUUUCAUAGUGAAUCCAUCUUUCCAAAAGGACGUCAACGAGAUCGUUUCAUGUGUCGACAUUGAUCCUAUUGCUUGGACCAAUCUUCUUCAUCUAAGCGCGAAUGAUAAAGAAAACGUAAAGCCAGAGACAACAAGUAAGAUCCAAGGUGACGCAGGGAUCGACACAGCACAAUCUGGUAAUAGAAAAUCUGUUGUUGUCGGUGAUAAUACAUUUGUUGCAAGUGACUCAUUGUUAACAGCCAUUACUUUAAUAAGAGAGUUAUUGAUUUUAUCAAUAAAUUUACCAUCGAUAUACUUGUCAUAUUUUGAGAAGUUGUGCUUUAACCUUUUGAAAUGUUUCAAUACGUACACAAUCGGUACAGUUACUAUGCCUGGAAGACCAAUGAAGAGCUUUGGUAAAAAUUUAUCGAUAAUGGCCGAAACAUUAGAUUGUCUGGCCGAAUUUGUUGGAAUAGUACAAAGAUUCUAUCAACGUGUAUCUGAUACUACAAGAGACUUUGUACCAUAUGACCCAAGCAACUAUGCAUCUUUACUCAAACAAUACCAUUCUUCUACCGAGAGAAUAUACGCUGCCAAUGCCCCACCGCCACCUACAUAA